ACACGCAGUCAGGAGACCCGACGGGCCUAUUGAACUCACCUAAGGCCCAUAAAAAUUUUUUCUCCUCGCAUCCCGAAGUAGAGGAUGUCAAGAAUGGCGGACUGUUGCCGCCGGAGCCCGCAGCCACGGCUCCCCUCGAGUCUCCUCCUCCUCGCCGCCGGGGCGGCGGAUCUGCACGACUACACCUACUCGGGCGACAAGGCGGAGGCGUCGCGAGAAACUCUCCCGGGAACCAUGAGCUCUGGCUGCGGGGACCUGGCGGGCGGAGCCUCGCGUUCUGCGGAAAGGCGAGAGGAGCCGCGAUGGUGUUCGUGGAAAUGCCGCACCGGAGUGCGCGGCAACAACUACUCCUACCAAAAAGAAAAAGAAGUUUCGUUUGACGUGGUAGCUGCAGCUCAACGGCGGAUCCCCUUGGUGAAGCUUGUCAUGGGACAGGACUACAGGAAUGUGCCGGAUUGGCCACAGUUGUUCAACACGGGGGUAAGUCACUAUCAAGAAUUAAUGAAGAAGGACCAAAUCACUUUCAAAAGACUAGUAAACUCCCAUUAUGUAUGAAUGAAUAUUUUGCUACUUAUAUGACAAUGCAAAUGGAAAUAAUAAAUGAAAUAAAUAUUAUGCAGUUAAUAAAUAGAUUCUGAAAAUCUAAUGAGAGAUGAUGCUUGAACUCAUCAUUCCUGGAAGGAAUAAAAAUCACAACAAAUAGAAGUUAAAUCUCAUACUAAGUAUUGAAUGUCUAAGGUUGAUAAUAUUCCUGAAUGAAUACUAAAUAGUCUCUAGAAGAGCAAAUCUUCGAAGGAAACAAUGCUAUGUUCGUUACCUUCUGAGAAAUUUCGUUGACGCGGUAGCUGCAGCUCAAUGGCGGAUCCCAUUGGGGAAGCGUGUCAUGGGGACAGGACUACAGGAACGUGCCCGGCCGAUUGGCCAAAGUUGUUCAACACGGGAGUGAGUCACUAUCAAGAACUAAUGAAGAAGGACCAAAUCAUCUGUUUGCAUAUACCAUAUAGGUGAAGAAUUCACUACACGGGGGUGCAGAGCUGCCAUUGCUAUUGCUUCGUGCAGGCGCAGGGGAAGAAAGACGGAGAGCUAACGAGGUCGGUGGUGGCCAGAAAAGAUGGAUCUGGUUGGCAGCGUGGAGACGAUCGUCAAGCUUGGUCUGACGAUCAAGGAGGCCGUCGACACGGUCCGCCGGAACGAGGAGGAGUGCAGUGAGAUCCGGGAGAGGGUGCUCAGAGUCGGCGACAUCUUGUCGCCGCUGCAGGAGACCGGGUCGAUGGAUGACAGCCCGGCGAUUAGCGGCGCGCUGGAGGAUCUGGAGAAGACCCUCUGGCGAGCCCACACGCUCGUGGAGGCGUGCCAGGAGAAGAGCACCAUCUGCCUCUUUUGCACGGCCGGGAAGCAGUCCACGCAGCUGCGCAAGGUGCAGGAGGACAUAACACAGAAGGUCAUGGUGGUGAUCUUCGCCACCAAUGUCCAGCUCACCAUGAUUCUGACACGGCUGGACCGUCCGUGCCCACAGACCCGGGAAUCUUUUCAUAUGGGGUUGGAGGUCUCCCUUCCUGGGGACAGUUCGGUCGGACAUACCUUGGCCUUCUCGCGACCCGCGAGACGGGCGCACCCAGCGCCGGCGCCGCCACAAAGCUCCCCCGCCACCACCCCAGCGUUCGCCGUUCCUCGUCGUCGACGUCCACUGCCGUUCGCGUCCACCGCCGCACAGGACGGCCGCUCGCGUCCACCGCCGUCGAUGUCCACCGCCAGUUGCGUCCAAACUAUUAAUGGUUGGAGAAAAUUCAGUUCCUUAGAGUUGGAGACUGCUACGAAUCACUUUUCAGAAGACAACCUCAUAGGGCGAGGUGCCUUCGCUGCUGUCUUCAAGGGUGUGUUACGUGACGGACUGGGCGUUGCCAUCAAGAAAUUUAAACAUCCAUAUCAACUUCCAGCAGCCCACAUUAAUGAUGAGCUCAGUCUUGUUUCGAAGCUUCAGCAUAAAAAUAUAGUUAAAUUUAUAGGAUAUGGCUAUGAAGUAAUAGAGAAGGUGGAUGGAUUUGACGACAAUAAACAUCAAGCACAAGAAUCACAUUAUUUUCUUGUGGAAGAGUACAUGCCAAAUGGAAGUUUGGACGACAUUAUCUAUGGGUCUCGAAUUGAGUGGUCCUCCCUUUUUGGGAUAGUUCAAGGAAUAGCCCAAGGCCUACAUUACUUGCAUGAACAACAAUUAGUCCAUUCUGAUUUGAAACCAAACAAUAUACUCUUGGAUUCCGAUACGAAUCCAAAGAUCACAGAUUUUGGAAUUGCCAGAAUAUUGGACCAUGGUGAUGAUAUGCCACGUGACAUUAACUAUUUAGCAGGAACAGUGGGAUAUAUGUCUCCAGAAUAUAUUGUGGAAGGCAUUUUGUCGACAAAGUAUGAUGUCUAUAGUUUCGGCGUUAUGCUCCUCGAGAUCAUUAGCAGUAUGUGCAGAUCUAAACCAGCUCCUCGCCAAGCUUCAAUCGAAUGGGCUUGGAUGGCGCGGCAAGCGGGACAAAUGGAGGAGUUAUUGGAUCCAUCGUUGUAUGCUGAGUUUCAGUUGAAGGAGAUAAGAAGGUGCAUGGAGGUAGGCCUUCUGUGCACUCAGUUUAAGCCGGCUGACAGACCCGCCAUGUCAGAUGUUCUUGCGAUGCUAGAUGGCAAGAAAAAGCUAAGGACCCCCAAACAACCAGGAUAUACGAAAGGAAGAAAGGCCUGAUCAGACUGAUGCGCGGGUUCCAUGCACUGAAUAAAUUAUUUCCUCGUGUAUCUACUCUUCACAUAAUAUUAAUCGAGGAUAAGCCGGCCAUUUUAUCCACCUUAUUAAUUCUAGUGCCUAAAUCUAAAACAACAAGGUAUUUUGUUUCCAGAGUAGUAAGAGUUAAUGAUGUUUCGUAUUUUUGGCUGAACUCUCGACUUUGUUUGUUUCUUUCUGGGUAUGUGGAAAUGAAAGAGCCAGGAGCCAAUUUGCCUUUUUA